GGACCGUUGGCUCAAAGAAAAAUUACAUUAAAUAGUCCGACCCUCUCUCCGCCAUGUGGUUUUAAACUUAUGUUGAUCCGUUCUUUUAUUUCGAUUUGAACCUUAGAAACCGAUCACACUCGUUAUAACUUGCAUUUUUCGAACUGAAGUCAUUCGUUUAAACUCAGUUACGUUCUAUUCAUUCGUUUACGACAUUAUUGCUUAAUAUUUUUAUUUAUUCAUACCACAUAUAUACAGCAAAAUGCAUUCUACUACCGUUGCUAUCGCUCUCAUGAGCUCCGUCGUCGCCGCUCAGUCCGCCGUGACCACUCUGUUCAUUCCUGGAUUUGAUAAUCAGCCUCUUGUUGCGUCUAUUAUUGGUGGUAAUGCCGCUGCGACCACAUACUUCAUCGAAUGUGCUCCGGGUACCGAUGCUUCCGACUGUGGCGCUGGGAUGGGCUUCACUCUGACUGAGGGACCCAAGACUGCACAUAUCCAAAUGGUUUACUCUGCUCUUUCCGCCGAUGUCCAAUGUGACCUCAACACCGCUGCCUCCGAGGCUGCCUGCGUCGAAACCGUCGGCGGUGCCGAAGCAAACUUCCCCGGCACAACAUCCACCACCCUUAGUGCUACUGAUUACGCCUCUGCCUUUAUCCCCGUGACUAUUACCGCGGGAUCUGCCACCGGUGCUCCUGCCACAACUGCUGCCUCCGCUACCGCGCCUACCGCUACUGCCACUGGUGCCACUUCUGGCGCCUCUGCUGCUACCACCGCUGCUUCUACGGCUGCUUCUACUGGUAAGGCGGUUACUUCUGCCGGAUUGUCGACCGUUGCUAGCUCUGCUACUACCGGUUCAGCUUCGGCAAAGUCUUCUGCUGUGAGCACCGGUGGCAUGCCUCAGGUUACUGGAAAUGCGCAAUGGGCGAUGGGUGGUGUUGCUGUUGCUAUGGCGCUGGCUGCUUUGUAA